CUUCUCUUUCAAAUAGUUUAAAUUUUCAAUUCUAGUUCCUUGGAAUUGUCUCGUGAGUUUCAAGAGGAAUGUUACAGCAUCGCUCUUCAUCCAUCAGGACUUUACAUUUUGGUUGGAUUUAGCGAUAAAUUGCGCUUAAUGAAUCUUCUUAUUGAUGAGAUCAGGACAUUCAAAGAAUUUACAAUACGAGGAUGUCGCGAGGUAAAGUUUAGGUUGAUUCAUAUAGUAAGUUGUAAAACUACAAAACGAGCAAAGAUACAGUUCACUUAAAGGGAAAGUUGACAGGACAGGGUGGGUUAGGAUAGGCGUAGUUGGGAAAAUAAUAUAAUUACAGUUGUUUUAAAUAUACUGUAAGCGUAAUACUUGAUGACUAAAGAUACUGUAAGCGUAAUACUUGAUGACUAAAGAUACUGUAAGCGUAAUACUUGAUGACUAAAGAUACUGUAAGCGUAAUACUUGAUGACUAAAGAUACUGUAAGCGUAAUACUUGAUGACUAAAGAUACUGUAAGCGUAAUACUUGAUGACUAAAGAUACUGUAAGCGUAAUACUUGAUGUUUGAUGUAAUCGGCUACUGAAAAGCCCGUUUGGAAUGAGCUGAUUCUAGUGUAAGCAUAUGGUUCUAGUAUAAGCGGCGAUGAAAAUGUAGGAUCUAAUUGCUUCCAUUCGAAAUAUGGAAGUCUUUUUUGGCUAGUUAGAUCUUUCAGUAAUAUAAGUUCCCUUGUAUAUUUUGGUCUAAAUUAUACCUUUGCUCAAGAUCUCAAAAUGUUAUAAACUGGGUGUUUAUUUUUUGAGAUUUGUGUUUGCUUUUUUUUAACACUCAAAUGCUUUAACGCUUCGUGGAUGGUUCCGAGUCGGCCUAAAAUGGAACAAGUCCUGACAACGGGUCCUCGUUGGGAACAGCGAGAACGACUGUUUCUGUCCUUUCAGGCUGGCAAAAACCAUUCUACUCACGAGAAUUGACAUUGCGGCCGUCGACGCUGAAUUUUAGGGAGUUUUUAAAGAUUUUAAUUCUUAAUUUCUUUCCAGUGUUCAUUCAGCAAUGGCGGUCACUAUUUCGCCACAGUUCACGGAAAUGUAAUUCAACUCUACUCAACUACAACUUUCGAAAACGUUGGAAAUCUUAAAGGACAUAAUGGGAAGGUAGGGGACAUUGUACUUUUGGAUACCCUUUAAUACGUUGAUAGUUCUAUUCUCGUGUUUCGCGCACAUGGAACGUUGGGUUAGGGAAGGGGCUGGGAUUUGGGUCAAGAUCUACGAUAAAUAAUUUAUAUUCGAGCAGGGAGUGAACAUGCCUGUAGAUUUUUUAUGUGGAGGUAGCUUAGAAUGUUUGGAGUUGCAAUUAGCUAGUAAUUCCAGGUAGAAAUAGCUACUGUAGCUUCAUUUCCUCCAGGUGAUUUUUGGAGUUGGUCUGUAACUUCAGGAUUCUAUGUUUUGAAGUUUUGAAGCGCAUACUUUGGAAUUAGCCCUUUAGGCUAUGGAGUUAGCCCCGCCAUUCCCUGACUCCCGAACUUAUAAGUAGCCUUGAGUAUUUAAUUAUUGAGCUUAGUGUAACCCACGAACACAUGUCAAUCCUUUUAGUCUACAUGCAGUAUAGGGCUGAACAGUGUGAAGCAUUGUACAAUCAUGAUAACUAUAAAGACGAUUUAAAUGUCAGAAUAGCCUUUCAUCAUGUAAAAAUUGUUCAAGUUGUUCUUCCAGUUCGAGUGUAUCAAACAUUUCAUGAUUUCUUUGGGUGCUCUAUACUUUUCCUCCAUCGUAACACUGGGGAAACAAGGGAUCGAUUGCCCUUGUUGCAUGAAUAUAAACUAAAUUAUUAUCGCCGGUAAUCUUGAAUGCCUUUUGCAGUAAAGAAGCUUUAUGAAUGUAUACGGCAGUUGAAGCAUGGAUAAUAAAAUAAAUGGGUAGCAAAUAUUUCAAGCACUAAACAGUGAAAAAUGCAUCCCAAAUUUCGUUAAAAUUGGGGACGCCAAUUUCGUAGCUACAAAUGUAAAAAAAUACAAAACAAAGACGAAAAACAUUUACCUUGAAUACUUUGUCGUGGCUUAGGCAUGUUUUUAAAACAAUUAGACCAGUUUAUGCUUCAAUAUUACUCUUUUAAAGCGGAAAGUAUAGCGAAACAACAAAAAUCCCGAGAACUUUGCAAUACGCGUGACGUCACAGAUUGCAACCAGGUUGUUUUUGCUUACGUCAGCUAGAGUCCUAUCCAUUUAUUUUAUUAUCCAUGAUUGAAGUAUUGAUUUAAUAUUUUGAAGGUUCGGUCAGUUAUUUGGAGUCAAGAUGACACAAAGAUCAUAUCGUGUGGUAUGGACGGAGCAGUGUAUGAGUGGAAUGUGUACACUGGCAAACGUGAUGGCGAGAGUGUUCUAAAGUCAUGUAGUUAUACUGGUGUGGCUGUGUCUCCUGAUGGCAGGACCACAUACGCUGUUGGUUCUGAUAAAACAUUAAAAGAGAUCUGUGAUUCACAGGUAUGUACGGUAGUAUAAUUUCAUAGUAUAAUCGACUUUAUAUCGAAGCCAUUUAAUUCUAUCCUACAGUAUAGUGGUAAAAGAAGAACAAAAUACGCUACGCUUUAGUAGGAUACGAUUGAAGUGAAAAACAGUUGUGUAGGUUAGACCGAUGGAGUUUUCGACCUGUCCAUUAACUGUCAUUAACCUCAGCAAUCAAUCCUUGGCCAGGUUUAGGCAGCAUUAAUUCAUUGACGUGGAAACAUUGGAAAUUUUUGAUGUUUCCUUGAAAAAUGUUCCCAAACAAAUUCAGAAACAUAUUUCGUUUUCCUUAACGCAUUUUUUAAUUCGCCCAAUAGGAAACAUGGAAAGAACGUUUCCUAGUGUGGCCAUGACGUCGUACUUCAAUCGGGCAUUUUUGAAAAUCUACAGUGUAGUACAGUGCGUCCCAACGCUGAACUUAUUUAUUAAGAAAUUAAUUACAUAUGUUUUCUUCCUUUCUGUUCGAAAAAAAAUGCUCAACGGAAGGUUCGAGUUUUGAGAUCAAUUGUUUAACAUAAUAACACUGCACUGCCCGCCAGUAAAUAAUUAACCUGUCAAUCACGCAAAAAAAACUGUUACUGUAUGUAUACGAACUCUGGUUUGUAGAUUCUUCGUGAAGUGUCGUCCAGUGACAUGGUGUUAACACAAGUGAGCAUGUCUCGCUCAGGUCGAAUGUUAUUUGUGGGAACCAACACUGGUACAAUUCGGGCCAUGAAGUUUCCCUUAACUGUUCCUGGUGAAUGGCAAGAACAUCAAGCUCAUACUGGAGCUAUUACUAAGGUACUGAAUUGCUUGCCACCUCUUGCUUAUUUUGUGUCAACUGUUGUAUCUCUGAAUUAUAACCUGGGAGUCGUAGCCACUGUAUACCUGUUCGCAGGUUAGGUGAGCCUAAAACUGGCUGCAGGCAGUAACGUAGCAAGGAGAGGGCUCUGUCUCCCAAUCAUCUUCAGAACUAUUCUUGUGAACAGUUGAAAUCCGGAUAGAAAAGUUUGGGGAAGGCGGGUGUAAUGUCCGGAAUAAAAAUGGGCAAGAUACAUAAUUACAUGUACUGCUGUACAUCUUGUAUUUUUCUUACUAAUUUUCUUAUGAAUUUCUAAUUAAUGCAGUGGCGGACAAAAAGUCUAAACGGCAGCUGAUUAACUUAAAGUAGCAGCUAAGUUAUAGCAUGGCUGAUUAAAACACGACAAAAUCGUAAAUAUGAGACAAUAAUGUUUGAGGACUAAAACGUACAGUACCAAACCUAAAAUCGCACCCUAAUAUUUCAAGAAGUGUCACUGCUGAGUAAUAUACUGUAUAUAAAUCAAAAUGGUAAUGGAAAUUCAUUCAUUUCUCCGCAAUCUUGCCAAAAUUUUAGCCUUUCUUUCAUUAAAAAUAUUUAAAACGGAACCAUACAAUUAUAAUUAUAAACUUAGAGGAAACCAUAGACUUGGUUCUUUGAUUACUUUGAAUUUUAUUCAGUCUUAAGGUGGAGUUACACGAGCAACAGAAUUGCUGCAACUUGCAACAAAAUCUGAUUUCAACGCAUGUUAAUUGAAAAUGUUUACACAUAAAUUACAAAUCACAAGGCAACAUGUGUCGACAUUUCUACUUAACAUGCGUUGAAAUCGGAUUUUGUUGCAAGUUGCAGCAAUUUUGUUGCUCGUGUAACUCCAGCUUUAGUUACGUGUAAAGUUUCUGUCUGUUUUUCAAAGAAUGAAGUCGAGGCUAUGUGUGUACAAUGCUACGUACCAGUAGUUCUGUAAAUUAUUAGUAAUGAUGUAUAUUUUUAUGAUUCCUAUAGAUGCGAAUGUCGUUUGACGAUCAGUAUAUGUUCACUGUGGGUGAAGAUGCUUCCUUGUUCAUCUACAAGGCAACAGACAAGGAAGGCCGAGGUUUGAAAAGAGACAAAGACAUUGUUUAUGCGGAGGAAAUUCUUAUCACCAAAUCGGAUUUAGAAGAAAAGGUACGUGUAUGUUGUAUUUGUGACAUUUUAUGCCAUGCUUAGCCUUAGCUUCGUAUGCUACAUGUACAUAAUGUUAACUAUGCUUUCAUACACUGUAUAAAUUAUAGAAAUUUAAUUCCAUCAUGCAGUCUCCAAUAGCAAUACCACCACAAUACCACUAUCACCAUCAUGAUCACCACUACCGCCAUUGCGACCAUCACCAAUAUCACCAUGAUCACCAUCACCAUAAUCACCAUGCACCAACCAUGAUCACCACCACCAUGAUCACCAUCAUUACAAUCACUACUACUACCACCAGUGCGACCAUCACCAAUAUCACCAUGAUCACCAUAAUCACCGCCUCCACCAUCGACAUCACGGCAAUCAUCACAACAACUAUCACUAUCACAGCCAUUGGCACCAUUAUCACCGUCUUCACCACCACCAUCAUCAUUAUCACUAUCACCACCAUCAGGAUCAUCAACACUACCAAAUCAACAACAACAAUGCCACCACUAACAACAUUGCAGUCCGUUGGAUCGGCCAGUGCUUACAGUACCAACAUCACAUUGACUGUAUAGCAAAAUGACCUUUGCGCUUUUGCACCCAUCUUACUACAUGAGCCUGAGUAGAAUUAAUCAACAAUGAUUAAAUUUGAUUUUCAUUUCCAUCUCUAUUUUCCAGAAUUCCAUGAUGGCUGAACUGAAAACACGUGUGGAAGAAUUAAAGAUGGAGAACGAGUAUCAGUUGAGAUUGAAAGACAUGAACUAUAACGAGAAAAUCAAGGAACUCACGGAAAAAUUCAUUCAAGAAAUGGAAUCUCUGAAAACUAAGAAUCAAGUUUUGAAGACGGACAAAGAAAAAGAAGAAGCCAAACAUGAAGAGGAGAUUUCUGACGUUCGAGAGAAACAUUCACGUGAACUGCAGGUAAGUGCCUCAAACAUGUCAUUCUAAGAGAUCAUUAGUACUACCAAUUGCUCAUAUUUCGCUAUUCCUUCACUUUAUCAGCUCGUUUAGAUUUUAGUACUAAUUUGACACAGAAAUAGAAAUAAAAUAUCCACUGCCUGUUUUUUUAUCUCCUCGUUUGCCCACGCAAAAUAGCAAACUUAAGCAAGGUUUAAAAACUAUAAACUACCGGUGUUAGGAACCUUAACCCAGAAGGACGCAAAUGCAUCGACGACGGCCAUUAGUAUAAUGACAAUCAUAAUAUUGUAGAAAAGAAAUGAUUAAUUAAAAUUUCAUAAAAACAUUUAGAUUCGUCUUCGUUCAGUUCGUUCUGUUUACAACGGCAAAUCACAGAUUAUCACGUCUGGUACACAGCGGUUACAUUACAAGCUGUAACAACGGUUAUUUCAAAUUUUAUCCUGGAAUUCUUUUGGACCAUAAAUCCUUGUUUUAUUAAUUUCAUACGAUGAAUAAUAGACGACAGGUUUUCCUUACAAUCGUUUAGUUCAACGAACUGCCAUGGUAGCAUUGUCGUCCCAUAUGAUUUGCUAAUUGUUUACGAACGACUUCAGAAACAUUCCCUUAUAUGUAAAUUCUCCCUCAUUUCAAUCAACCGUUUAUUCGGCUAUCCUCUUAUAGUUAUACUCUAACUCCUUGUUCAACAUUAUUAGACACCAGCAAAUCAGAGUUGCAAAACUUUGUUUUUUUGUGCUAGGAUUUAGAAUCAGCGAAUAAUCAGAAACUGAUGUCAGAAUACGAGAAGUAUCAGGAACUGCAGUCAAAAAGUCAGAAGAUGCAAGAAGAUUAUGAUAGGCAACUGGAAGAAAUGGAAGCAUCUAAGGAACAAGCUUUAUCUGAACUCACAGAAUAUUUUGAAACAAAGUUACAAGAAAAGACUGGUCAACUGGAACAAGUAAGAUAUCUUCGACUUAUUACCAAAUGAUAAGUUCAGUCAUAACAGUGGAAGACUUGGCUCAAACUGGGAAACAUCAAGGCCAUUUAUGCGAGCGAAAAUAAUCAGCAGCCUAAAUAAGCUGCGGCUUAAACAAUUCGUCACGAACAACUCGUAUAAACAGCCCAUUUGUUAGCAAGCCGCGGCUAAAACAGCCCCCAGGAUUGAAAGCUAGCCCUAAAGAAGCCGUGGUUUAUUGCAAAUUGACUGUUUGUAGAGUCGUUAGCGACUUAUUUAAGCCGUGCCUUUAAUAUAUCCGCUCGUAUAAAUAGCCCUAUUGUUGCAGAAAGUUGCGGAAACGCUGUAUGGAAACAUAUUUUCCCAAAUAAACCAGAUCAAAGAGCUCAGCAUGUGUACUGAGAGAGUGCUUUGGGUAAACAGCCCCUCUCAAAGUCAAAGGACCGAGUUGUCAGAAAAUGUUUUAAAAAUAUUAAGCUUGCCUAGGUUUAGAGAAGAUCCUAAAUAGUGUUGAAUUUAGUAAAGGCUCAAAACUGGGUUUUAAACAAUUUACUGCCCGCUAUGCAAACCCAGUGGCGGAAAUUAGGGACGAAGUUUUUUUUGUUUUUUUUGUUUGUUUGUUUUUUUCAAGCUCUAUAUACAGGGCCGCCGAGAGCUUGGCGGGGGCCCGGGGCAAAUUUUUUUUAGGGGCCCCUAUUUCAAAAUUUUUUCCGGAUAAAAUUUUUUUCGGACAAAAAUUUUUUCGACUUUACCUCAAUUUUUCAUACCAAAUUUCGUUAUUUUGCCCAAAAAAGCCAAAUAUAUUGCCCUUUGCGCGCAAGAGGCCCAACAAAAAAUUUGCUGGGGUCUAACAAAAAAUUUCUAGAGGCAAUUUGCCCCCCCCCCUCUCGGCGGCCCUGUCUAUAUAUUAACAAAUGAUGGGGGUUUCAAAGACGUUUUAAUUUAAACAAACUACGCGAUAGUGUUGGGAAAGCAGUAAGAGCAGGUAACCUAGCCCCCGCGCUUCAACUGCAAACCUUAAAACCGCCAGCUACGCAGGCUACAGCUGACCAAAAUUGCGUGAGUGUCAACUUUCAUGCACUCUCGUCCUCGAUUGGUCCGUAUUGAUAUCGAUACUUCAGAUUACCCUGCAUGUGAACUGAAAUAAUGCCUUUUGUUUGUAGUCUCAAGAUGAAUCAAGGCAGCAAGUACGCGAACACGAAGAAACCAAACGUCAAAUUGAGGAGGAUGCUGACCGCGAAAUACUUGAUAUCAAGAAUAAAUACGAACGUCGGCUGAGAGAAGAGAAGGAACAAAAUUUACGACUUAAAGGAGAGACAGGAAUCAUGAGAAAAAAGGUGAAGACGAUUUUAUGUUGUAUACUGUUCAUAGCGUAAUGAUAUUUCACCAUUUAUAAGUACAUGUUUAUAUGUAUAGCAAAUCUGUCUGUCUUACGCCAAAACAAUUUUCUUGUCAGUGAGACCCACUGAUCUCGGGAGGUAAGACCCAUAUCCCUAGAUUUGGACGCAUAAAGGGUUAAUAAUUAAAAUUAAAUUAAAUGAAUUCAUUAUUUAUUCUUUAUUCAAAUAUAAAAUUAAACCAUACCGAACAACAAACUGUGCCAGUUUACAAGGCUACAGUAUGUUUAAAAUACAAAAUUAAUAUAAUACAGUAUGAGUACUAUGGAUAUUAAAUAGAGUUUAAAAGACCUAUUCACACGCAAAUCGUGGAGGCAAUGAUUAGGAUUUUUUGUAAUGUCACUCCACAGUUUCUUGUCUCUGUUAAACUGUCUGCCUUAGUCUUUUAAGUGGAAUUAUGUCAUACCCUACCUACCCUACACAGGUAGACAAUAUUGUAAAAGUCCGAGUUUUACGGGUCGACCGGUGGACUUGACGUCCAUCAAAUAGUAAAGUACAUGAUAGUUCAUAAAACACCUUCAGACUUCCACCCUUUGAUUUCAAAUUGCUUUUAAACUUUCAGGUGUUUUUUGCCGCCAAUGUGGUUUCUGAAAAUAGCCCAGGCACUCACAUUCGAAAAUAACAUUUUAAGAGUGAUUUCGAAAUGCCCAAAUUCACAUAAAUCUUUCACACAUAUUGCAGAAUUAUCAGUAUAGUUUAAAAUUGUCUACUUUUAUACACCUUGUGUAGUCGUCAAGUUUAGAGCAGAUCAUCUGUUAUUACUCCUUUGAACGUUCUCUAUAUAGUUAAAAGACUGAAAAGAUCAAAGCUUACUUUCUAGCAAAGCUCAAUUUCCAGCAUUUUAAUCUUUAGUAUUGAAGAUACUGUAGUGUAUCAGUUGGUUUACUGACUGUUUGUAAUUUCAGUUCACAAGUCUUCAAAAGGAAAUUGAUGAUUACAAGACUGAGAUACAACGUCUCCAUGGUGAGCAGAACAAACUUCAAGGUGUUAUCAAGUCCUUGGAGAAAGAUAUCUAUGGACUGAAGAAAGAAAUUCAGGAACGUGAUGAGACCAUACAAGAUAAGGUAGGAAAAUAGUUUGCACGUAUCAGAACAUCCUCUCAGUGUAUCUAAAAUGGCUGUCUUCAUUGGCGGACACUUAGUUGGAGGGCAAGGCGAGGUUGCCACGAUAUGACCACCCUCCGCCGCUCUAUGUAUGACCCUCCUUUCGUUUUUUAAAUUUUUCAUGCAUAAUUGUCACAGCUUUGUUACAAAUUUCUUUAGCUAUUAAUCAUAGGUUUUUGGAAAUUAUUGCUGCCUGACUCCCCUCCCAGUGGUCGCUGCAUGUGUACGUCUUUAUAUUAGUUUAACUAUUUGAGAAUUGGAAACUCUUGGAGGUUGAGACCAUGGGAAUUAAUGGUGCCAGGUUUGGAAAUGAUACGAAUUAGGACGGAGCGAUUUCCAACAGAAUGAUGCUGACCAAUCUUUUUCCCUCAAACAUCUUUCUCCGCUUGAAAGUGAAUAUACUGUAGAUUAAUUAUCAUGUUGUGGGUAUCAGUAUGUGUUACUGGGUAACAGAUGCUCGUUAAAGGCACAGUUCAGCCUUUUGAACGAUGGUUUUUAAGGCGCACUUGAGCCCUUUUAAUUGAAAAAACUAACUAGGAAAAUCAAUUAAGCAUUAUUCAAAAUCAGUAAACUCGAUGUUUUUAACAAUAUAAAUGUUUUAAAAUGUUAAAAACAUUAAGUUUGGCGAUCUUCAAUUAUGCUUAAUUGAUUUUCCUAGUUAGUUUUUUCAAUUAAAAGGGCUCAAAUGCGCCUUAAAAACCAUCGUUCAACAGGCUGAACUGUGCCUUUAACUUUAAGUCUCGUUUACACGUGCAAUUUUUGUUGCGAUUUCUACUGCGAUGUUCUUCUUCUGAUGGAUGCGGCGAGUAGAUGAAUGUUCUGAGUCCAUGAACAUUCAUGGCUCAUCUACUCAUUCACAUACAUCAGGAGACGAACAUUGCACCUAAAAUCGCAGCAAAAAAUCUGUUGACACUUCUUGGAGGAUGAAAUUAAACCACACCCCUCGAUUUCCUUCCCUGAAUUUAAUUUUAUCAGGCUAAACAGGUUUCAUCACAGGCUGACAUUUACCAUAAUUUAAUCUACUUAGGUAUAUUGAAUUAAAUAAUCCUUGCGAAAAAAAAUUCUGUUUUUUAAUGGGCUUUACAACUGUUAUGUAAGAAGAUUAUGAGUUUCACACUGAAGAAUUCUAAAUACUUUUGUUUACUGCAGGAGAAACGUAUUUAUGAUUUAAAGAAGAAAAACCAAGAACUGGAAAAGUUCAAGUUUGUCUUGGAUUACAAGAUCAAGGAACUCAAGAAGCAAAUUGAACCAAGAGAAAAUGAUAUUAAAGCCAUGAAGGAACAGAUACAAGAGGUAACAUGUCAUGAUAAGAGGGGGUUUUGGUCGACAGCUACAGGCUUGUGUUUGAAAUGGCUUGUUUGAAUGACCAAACGUUAUCUAAAUCAAACUAUAAAAAGCUAUAGCAUAUCUUGUCCUUUAUUGUCAAUCAUAUAUAACCAGUGAUGAAACCACACACGCAUCCUGCAUCUGUUUAUACAAUUAGUUGCAAUUAGCCUGCAAAGAGGCGCCUGCAUGCUUUAUUCAAAUAAUAAUUAAUAAUUAUCAUAACGUUUGGAACAGAUCCUCCUGCCAUAGAUAUUCAGCCUAAUUAUCGCGCAGUUAUUGACUUUCAUGAUUUGUGAUUGUAUUUGAAUACACGUGAUUGUAUUUGAAUAAAAAGCAUGGUGCAGAAAUGUUUAAUUAAACAAUAAUUUUCUACGAGACACUGGCGCUACAUAACUGAAUGUCUUCCACAUUUUAGAUGGAAAGUGAGUUAGAACGUUUCCAUAAACGCAACACUUCAUUAGAGUUGAAUAUUGACGUAUUACGUCAGAAGUUGAAGGCAACUGACAAGGAGAUGCAUAUGGAGAGACAAAAGGUAUCUGUAACAACAACGACGACGACAACGACUUUCAAAUUCACACUAUUGUUAUGCCAAGUGUUAAUCCUGAUCCUUACCACGAUGCAAGCACAAGCAAACGGUUGUUCUUAUACUGUUCUCACUGUGUCCUCACUACAAUGCAAAAUAAAGCGCAAGCAACAACAUAAGCAUAAUGGAAAUAACGCAACGUUUUGGCUUAUGAUUAUGUUUGCGUCGUAGUGAGGCCAGUACAUAAAAAGUCAAUACUGUACGUUUGAUCCCUCUUAUGCUUGUACAGUACGUGCGUGGUAAUGAGGACCAGGCUUAAAGCAAAGCGUCCACCAUGUCCCAUUCGAACAAAUAAAAUAAAUUCGCAUCAUUCAGAGUUUUUGUCUCCAUAUUUAAAUUACAGUCGAUGCUAAUAAAGAAAUAACAUUUUCCUGUAGGUGACCGAUGUGGAAGCGGUGGUGAAACGGUUCAAAACUGAACUGUAUAAUUGUGUGGGAUUUAUACAAGAACCGAAGAAAUUGAAGGAAAGUGUCAAGCAGUUGUAUCAGAAAUAUGUACAAGAUGAUACGGUAUGCCAGAUUUGCCUUGCACACGUGAAAUUUUAUUUACUAAUAUGACUCGCAUGUGGGGAAAGAUUGUUGAGGAAAUAAAUUCUCGCCAACAAAUUCAGAAACAUACUAUUUUGUUCCCCAUUUCAUUUUUGAUGCGGAAACAAUGUUUCCUGGUUUCCCUGACAGUCAAACGUCCACAUAUUGGCUGCUAUAUUCGAAAGACUGAAAAUAGUAUUGUGUUGACGAAGCUCAAGCAAACUGGGGUAAAAUUAUAUUCACGAAGUGGUCACUUCUUCUUAUCACAAAGAAGAUACGGUGAACCUAGCUACCUUAUAGACCUUAAGCUUUUUAUGCAUCUUCUCCUCAUCUCCCCGCCAUUUUCGUAGACUCACUAUGUUUCCACAACAAUGACUCUUAGCUUGUCCAGGGCUUCAUUGUUAUUUCUUUGUUUCUCUAUUUUCCUUCUCUAACCACAUUUUAACUCACUUCCCCCAUUUCCUUGCAGAACGAGUCAUCAGCAAGUGUAGACGCGGACAUCCAGCGCGAAUACUCACGACAGCGAGAACAUUUAGAGCGGAGUGUUGCUUCGUUAAGAAAGAAACUUGAGAAAGACAAUGAAAUUCAUCGUGCGGAUAAUGUCAGGAUCAUGCAGGUGUGUAUUAAUUGGUUCAUAAUGGUUAGUGCAUGUCAUGUGCCUUUCACAACGUCUAUGACCGAGGUUUAGUAUUCUUCUGUAAUAUUAGAAUUUUGCCUGAGUUGCAUGUGAGAAGAGUGUUUCCACUCUACCAAACAUCGCAAGUAUAGUUAACAGGGAUUACCAUUACUGGACCUAUGGUUUAAACCAGAUAUGGCAGGUGGGUGUCUGCUAAUCAUCUCUUGCAGCUGCGAGCUAGCCGGAAUUGCGAAGAACACAGCUCAGUCUGAUCAAGUGGAAGGCUGUCUAUUAAAGGGCGCCUGUGGCAGCCACCAUAUGACUCAUGACUGAGCACGACUUUCGGUAGAGUGGUGAGCGACUCGUUUAACAUAAAUGCCAUGAGUCUGCAGCGAGAAUCGAACCCAUCUCAGAAUCGAGGUCUAGAGUAAAUAAAGAUACUUUACUGAAUGUUUAUUGUACUCUUACCCCAAUAGCCAUGUUUUCAUGUGAUUAUUUCCUCAUGCUUCGUGCAUAGUUGGUUUAAGGUUUGUGAUUGGGUUCAAGAUCAAAGAGAAACAUAUUUGUGCACGAAACAUGGCGAUAUAACAUUUACGUGCGUCUGCCAUAAAACACGCAAACAUGGAGGCCAUUGGGGGAAAAAGUGCAAUGAACAGUAAAGUCUAUUAGAGCGAUUAUACAAUAUUAAAAUACAAUUGUAAUCAAUUAAAAAUCGUUGCAAUGCAUGCUUCACCGCGUACACGGAGCCAGUAGAAGAACAGUGAUGUACUCUCGUCUUCUCUUGCAGGAAAAUGUUACGCUUAUCAAAGAAAUUAAUGAUCUUCGCAGAGAAUUAAAAAUCGCCCGCACGCAAGUACACGACCUCGAAGCAGCUCUCGGAGUGAUGCGUCGGACACAAGGGAGUGGUGGGCAGGGAGUUAAAUCAGCACCUCCAAGAAAGAACACCACAUCCAGGGAAAGUACAGCCGAUGAUUUAGAGAAAAUCAUUAGUAUUCAAAAGAAUGAAAUAAGAAAGUUACGUGAACAAAUUCAUGAUCUGGAAAAUCUAACUAUAAACAGACCUCCGUCUGGGGGUCGUCUCCCCCCGGUGCCAGUGAAUUAAUGGUCUAUGUAUAAAUGGGGUUAUGUAAUAUACAUCUAUAGAUUAUUUGGUAGCAUAUAAUAUACUGCAAGGAACUGGUGUGAAGAUAAAUUUACUGUAAACCACUUGGUAAUAUAUAUUUGUGCAAAUAAAAACAUGUAUAAUUCACUACAAUUCAUUAAAAAUUAACGUUGUUCCAUUAGACGUCUGUCUCCAAUUGCUUGUUAGAAAUCUAGAAUUCUAGUGAUUCGAAGCAACGGUUGGAAAAUACGAAAUAAUCGUUCACAUUCUAAAACAUUCUGUCCAACUGCCAUACAUUGCAUUGCUGAAUUUCUGGCAGCCUUCCGGUACCUCUUUGUGGAAGUAGGAUGUCUUGAAGAUAACAAUGUUGGUGCCACGUAAAACAAACUGCAAAAGAAGAGAUUUUU